AUGACGCAUUGCAGCAUAGUCCGUGUUACUGCUUUGGUGGCCGCUCUGGUGCUUUGGACCCUCUUUUCUCUGCAGCUGCGCUGGCAUGAGCUCGCUGCCCUUACAGCUGCGCUUGGCCUGAUGGAUCCGGGUCCGAUCCGCCUCAAGGUGCUGAUGGUACGUACCAUUGGGGGAAAAGAGGUGGAGUUCACGAAGGAUGACAUCAGAUCUUUGGCGAAAAAGACCAUCGGUAUUCAAACCGCCAACACGUCCCACUGUGCUGCCCGGAAGCCACCGGGGCUUAUUGCCAAGUUAAGGCGAAAUCUGCCGCUGGACCAGUGGCCAGCAGAUGUUGUCUGCUACGCAGGCAUCACACAGCUCCAAAUUGACUUGCAUGUGAUCCUCCUGGUGUGGGAGGAUAAGAUUCCCAAGCUUGAUACGUCGGACCUUCCGCUGAACGUAUCGGUGAUCUUUGCACCGAAGAGCCGGAAGAUCGAUGCUUGGCUAUCGCAUCUGACCGCGACGGCGCUAUCCACCUACGACUAUCUCUGGCUGGCAGAUGGAGAUGUGUCAGUGUCGGCGGCGAACUGGUUUGCCUUUUGGGCAAACAUGCUGUAUUAUAAGCCACAGAUUGCUCAGCCCGCCGUCGUGGCUGAAGAGAAAGCCAAGAUUCAUGUCACAUUUCACCAAAAAGGGAAGGCAGCCCAAGAUCUGGACAUAGUUCAGACACGCGGGAGCGAUCACGUGGUCCUGCAAAUUCCAGGUGACGAGCCGGACGUCUGGGCCAUUGAUCCCAGCUUGGUCGCUGCCGACGUGGGGAUCAUCGAGAUAAUGACGCCGGUGCUCACCCCUACGGCAUGGUUGGCUUUGAGGGAAGAUCUUCUCAGGAACAGCAAGGCCAUGCAUUGGAUUGCGCAAGGCGCCACAUGGUGCGUGGAUGUCAAGUGA